AUGGCAAUAGCCGUUUCAGGUAUCGAGCCGACGCCCACCAUGCCAGUUCAUGUCACCGUGACACACCGAGGGCUCAAUGCGCGCGCAGAGCCAGAGGGAGAACAAACGGAAGGAAUCGGAUAUUCUCUCAUUGGUUGUUACGAGGAGCUCGCUCACCCUGUCCGUGUUCUCAACCAUCAAGUUCCCUGGGACAAGGGUUCAGUCACCUCUUGCAUCAACGCGUGCUACAAUUCUGGGCCAUAUACAGGUCUAUUUGGACCACACUAUCUCUUUGCAGCUGUCAUCAAUGGUGACCAGUGCUGGUGUGACAACGUCAUGAACGUCAAGGCUCUCCAAGUCGAUCAGAAUCGCUGCAACCACCUGUGCGAGAACGGUCCAUUUGAGUAUUGCGGUGGCUCGCGUGAAUACCAGCUGUACUACUGGGGCGAGACUGGGCUUAUUCCUUCUACCGUCAACCCUGCCAAUCCGGCAUCUGUGGGCGCUGGCAGCGGUUACUACGUGUUCAAAGGAUGCUUCCCUGAUAGUCCACACUCCCGUGUUCUCAAUGGGCUGUCAUAUUCCUCAGAGCACAUGACCCCACUCUACUGCGCGCAUAUUUGUUGGGCGCAGAGGUUUAUCUAUUCCGGAGUAGAGUACGGCAAUGAGUGCUGGUGUGAUAACACUUUGAAUGUCGGGUCAGCCGUCUCUGUUCGAGAAUGUAACCAAUCUUGUGAAGGCGAUAGCACUUUUGCUUGUGGUGCGCCAAACUAUAUCAGCAUCUACCAGGGUGCUCCAAGAUUAUCCUGA